AUGGAGCAAACAGUGCUUGUACCACCAGGACCUGAUAGCUUCAACUACUUCACCAGAGAAUCUCUUGCAGCUAUUGAACAACGCAUUGCAGAAGAGAAAGCUAAGAAUCCAAAACCAGACAAGAAAGAUGACGAUGAGAAUGGCCCAAAGCCAAAUAGUGACUUGGAAGCUGGGAAGUCCCUUCCAUUUAUUUAUGGAGACAUUCCACCCGGAAUGGUGUCUGAGCCCUUGGAGGACCUGGACCCAUAUUAUAUCAAUAAAAAAGGCACAACUACUGAAACAGAAAUUAAAAAGAGAAGGUCGAGUUCUUUCCAUGUUUCCAUGGAUUUUCUGGAAGAUCCUACCCAAAGACAAAGAGCAAUGAGUAUAGCCAGUAUAUUAACCAAUACCGUGGAAGAACUUGAAGAAUCCAGACAGAAGUGCCCACCCUGCUGGUAUAAAUUUUCCAAUAUUUUCUUAAUCUGGGACUGUUCCCCACACUGGUUGAAAGUAAAACACAUUGUCAAUCUAAUUGUGAUGGAUCCAUUUGUUGACCUGGCAAUUACCAUCUGCAUUGUCUUAAAUACUUUGUUCAUGGCCAUGGAACAUUAUCCAAUGACUCCUCAUUUCAAUAAUGUACUUUCAGUAGGAAACUUGGUAUUUACUGGGAUCUUCACAGGAGAAAUGUUUCUGAAGAUUAUUGCCAUGGACCCCUAUUAUUAUUUUCAAGAGGGUUGGAAUAUAUUUGAUGGUUUUAUUGUGACACUUAGCUUAGUGGAACUUGGACUGGCAAAUGUGGAAGGAUUAUCUGUUCUCCGAUCUUUCAGACUGCUUCGAGUUUUCAAGUUGGCAAAAUCUUGGCCAACACUAAAUAUGCUGAUAAAGAUCAUUGGCAACUCAGUAGGAGCUCUGGGAAACCUGACCUUGGUGUUGGCCAUUAUUGUUUUCAUUUUUGCUGUGGUUGGCAUGCAGCUCUUUGGUAAAAGCUACAAAGACUGUGUCUGCAAGAUUGCCCCUAACUGUGAACUUCCACGCUGGCACAUGCAUGACUUUUUCCACUCCUUCUUGAUUGUGUUCCGGGUGCUGUGUGGAGAAUGGAUAGAGACUAUGUGGGACUGUAUGGAAGUUGCUGGUCAGGCCAUGUGUCUUACUGUCUUCAUGAUGGUCAUGGUGAUUGGGAACCUGGUGGUCCUGAAUCUGUUUCUGGCCUUAUUACUAAGUUCAUUUAGUGCAGACAACCUUGCUGCCACAGAUGAUGAUAAUGAAAUGAACAACCUCCAGAUUGCUGUGGAUCGAAUGCAUCGGGGAGUAGCUUAUGUGAAAAGGAAACUAUAUGAAUUCAUUCAACAGGCCUUUGUUAGAAAACAGAAGGUUUUAGAUGAAAUCAAACCACUCGACGAUCUGAACAACAAGAAGGACAGUUGCAUGUCCAAUCACACAACUGAAGCAGGCAAAGAUCUUGAUUAUCUGAAAGAUGCCAAUGGGACUACAAGUGGCAUCGGGACAGGCAGCAGUGUGGAAAAAUACAUAAUUGAUGAAAGUGACUACAUGUCAUUCAUAAAUAACCCCAGCCUCACAGUGACAGUACCAAUUGCUGUUGGAGAAUCUGACUUCGAAAAUUUAAACACAGAAGACUUCAGCAGUGAAUCGGAUCUGGAAGAAAGCAAAGAGAAACUUAAUGAAAGCAGCAGCUCCUCUGAAGGCAGCACUGUAGACAUCGGCCUUCCUGAAGAGGAACAGCCUGUAGCUGAACCUGAGGAAGCCCUCGAACCUGAAGCCUGUUUCACCGAAGGCUGUGUACGAAGGUUCAAAUGCUGUCAAGUGAGUGUUGAAGAAGGCAGAGGAAAACAGUGGUGGAACCUGAGAAAAACCUGUUUCAGGAUAGUGGAACAUAACUGGUUUGAGACUUUCAUUGUUUUCAUGAUUCUCCUCAGUAGUGGUGCUCUGGCAUUUGAAGACAUUUAUAUUGAACAGCGAAAAACUAUUAAAAUCAUGUUGGAAUAUGCAGACAAAGUUUUCACUUAUAUCUUCAUUCUAGAAAUGCUUUUAAAGUGGGUGGCAUAUGGCUAUCAAACUUAUUUCACUAAUGCCUGGUGUUGGUUAGACUUUUUGAUUGUUGAUGUUUCUUUGGUUAGUUUAACGGCGAAUGCCUUGGGCUACUCAGAACUUGGUGCCAUUAAAUCCCUCAGAACACUAAGAGCUCUGAGACCUCUUAGAGCCCUAUCAAGAUUUGAGGGAAUGAGGGUGGUUGUGAAUGCCCUUUUAGGAGCCAUUCCCUCCAUCAUGAAUGUGCUUCUGGUUUGUCUUAUAUUCUGGCUAAUUUUCAGCAUCAUGGGAGUCAAUCUGUUUGCUGGCAAGUUCUACCACUGUGUAAAUACCACAACUGGUGACAUGUUUGAUCCCUCAGAAGUCUAUAAUCGUUCUCAGUGUUUUGAACUUAUAGAAAGAAAUGAGACUGCCCGGUGGAAAAAUGUUAAAGUGAACUUUGAUAAUGUAGGAUUUGGGUAUCUCUCUUUACUUCAAGUAGCCACAUUUAAAGGAUGGAUGGACAUUAUGUAUGCAGCUAUUGACUCAAGAAAUGUGGAACUACAGCCCAAAUAUGAAGACAACCUUUACAUGUAUCUUUACUUUGUUAUUUUCAUCAUCUUUGGGUCAUUCUUCACUUUGAAUCUGUUCAUUGGUGUCAUCAUUGAUAAUUUCAAUCAACAAAAAAAGAAGUUUGGAGGCCAAGAUAUCUUCAUGACAGAGGAACAGAAGAAAUACUACAAUGCAAUGAAAAAAUUGGGGUCCAAGAAACCACAAAAGCCAAUACCAAGGCCAGGGAACAAAUUCCAGGGAAUGGUCUUUGAUUUUGUAACCAGACAAGUCUUUGAUAUCAGCAUCAUGAUUCUCAUCUGUCUUAACAUGGUUACCAUGAUGGUGGAGACUGAUGAUCAGAGUGAAGAAAUGACUAGCAUUCUGUCCCGGAUUAACCUUGUGUUUAUAGUCCUCUUCACUGGAGAAUGUGUACUGAAGAUGAUCUCCCUCCGCCAUUACUACUUCACCAUAGGAUGGAACAUUUUUGAUUUUGUGGUGGUCAUCCUUUCCAUUGUAGGUAUGUUUCUAGCAGAGCUGAUAGAAAAAUAUUUUGUGUCCCCUACCCUAUUUCGAGUGAUCCGUCUUGCCAGGAUUGGACGAAUCCUCCGUCUUAUCAAAGGAGCAAAGGGGAUCCGCACACUUCUCUUUGCUUUGAUGAUGUCCCUCCCUGCUCUGUUCAACAUCGGGCUCCUGCUCUUCCUGGUCAUGUUUAUCUAUGCCAUCUUUGGAAUGUCCAACUUUGCCUAUGUCAAAAGGGAAGUUGGAAUCGAUGACAUGUUCAACUUUGAGACCUUUGGCAACAGCAUGAUCUGCCUCUUCCAAAUCACCACAUCUGCUGGUUGGGACGGUUUGCUCGCACCCAUUCUUAACAGUGGACCCCCAGACUGCGACCCUCAAAAAGUUCACCCUGGAAGCUCAGUCAAAGGAGAUUGUGGCAACCCCUCUGUUGGGAUUUUCUUUUUUGUCAGUUAUAUCAUCAUCUCAUUCCUGGUGGUGGUAAACAUGUACAUUGCUGUGAUCCUGGAGAACUUCAGUGUUGCUACUGAAGAAAGUGCUGAGCCGCUGAGUGAGGAUGACUUUGAGAUGUUCUAUGAGGUUUGGGAGAAGUUUGACCCCGAUGCAACCCAGUUCAUGGAAUUUGAAAAACUUUCUCAGUUUGCAGCUGCACUGGAUCCGCCUCUCAAUUUACCACAACCAAACAAAAUUCAGCUUAUUGCCAUGGAUCUGCCCAUGGUAAGCGGGGACCGAAUUCACUGCCUUGACAUCCUAUUUGCUUUUACAAAACGUGUUUUAGGAGAGAGUGGAGAGAUGGAUGCUCUCCGAAUACAGAUGGAAGAGAGGUUCAUGGCUUCCAAUCCUUCUAAGGCUUCCUAUGAGCCAAUCACCACAACACUGAAGCGAAAGCAAGAGGAAGUAUCUGCUGUUAUCAUUCAACGGGCUUACAGACGUCACCUUUUAAAGCGAACGGUAAAACAAGCCUCAUUUACUUAUAACAAAAAUAAAAUCAAAGGUGGGGCAAAUCUCCUGGUGAAAGAUGACAUUCUUAUUGAAAACUCUAUCACAGAAAAAACAGAUCUGACCAUGUCCACAGCAGCUUGCCCACCUUCCUAUGACCGAGUAACAAAACCAAUCCUGGAGAAACAUGAAAGAGAAGACAAAGAUGACAAGGCCAAAGGAAAGUAA